GCUGGAUGCUGCUCCAAGAGAUGUUGCUUUAUUGCUUGACAGUAGUAGCCAAUACCACUUCCAGCUUCAGACUUAGUUAACAUCUUGACCAAGAUACUGUUAAACGCUUUUGAAAGGAGCCAGAGUCCACACAGGGACCUUGGUUUGUGGGUCUGCUAUUUCCUCAGUAGAGUCCAGGUUGAGGUGCUGGACUCUCAGUUCCUCUCACUGACCCUUUAUGACUGCAGCUGUACUCUGCUCCAGUGGAUGUGACCAUAUUCAUCUGUUGUAAGAUGGCAUUUCUGAUGAGAGUGCUGUGAGAAAUUUGUCCUUGUCCCUUCUGCUGUUUGCUGCUGUACUCCCCAAGGACAUGAGGAUAAAGAUUAUUGAAAUGAAGAAUUAUUGAAAUGAAGAAGUAACUGUCAAGAUGAACAAAUUAAAAGUGCUAUCAGAAAAAAGCCUUACUAGUAAUUCUCGGAUCGUAGCACUCCUGGCACAGCUGGAGAAGAUCAACUAUGAAUGUCCGGAAGCAGAAGCUGCCAGAUAUGUUACAUCAAAGAUUCUUCACCUGACCCAAAGUCAAGAGAAAAUCAGGAAAGAAAUGACAGCCAAAGGUUCUACAGGAAUGGAUGUUCUACUCUCAACAUUAGAGAACACGAAAGAUCUUCAGACAACACUUAAUAUCUUAAACAUUCUUGUUGAAUUGGUGUCAGUUGGUGGUAGUAGGAGAGCAAGUGCUUUAGUUGCCAAAGGUGGCACACAAAUAUUGUUGCAGUUACUUUUGAAUGCCAGCAAAGAAUCUCCUCCACAUGAAGAGUUAAUGAUUCAAGUUCACACCAUUCUUGCGAGAACUGGACCAAAAGACAAAAAAUUUGGAGUGAAGUCUAGAAUUAAUGGCGCCUUAACUAUAACUUUGAAUUUGGUGAAACAGAAUUUGCAGAAUCAACGUUUAGUGCUGCCUUGUCUUCAGCUUUUACGAGUGUAUUCUACCAAUCCUGUGAAUGCAGUGUCCUUAGGGAAAAAUGGAGUUGUGGAACUUAUGUUUAAAAUCAUUGGCCCUUUUAGUAAAAAGAACACUGGCCUUAUGAAGGUUGCUUUAGACACACUUGCUGCAUUGCUAAAAUCAAAAACAAAUGCCAGGAGAGCUGUAGACAGAGGAUAUGUCCAUGUGCUUUUAACAAUUUAUGUAGAUUGGCACCGGCAUGAUAAUCGGCACAGAAACAUGCUCAUCCGGAAGGGAAUUUUACAGAGUUUAAAAAGUGUAACAAGCCUCAAGUUGGGAAGAAAGGCAUUUAUUGAUGCCAACGGGAUGAAAAUUCUAUACAACACUUCACAAGAUUGCUUGGCAGUCAGGACUCUUGAUCCUCUCGUCAACACGUCCAGUCUGAUUAUGAGGAAAUGUUUUCCUAAAAAUCGUCUUCCAUUACCAACUAUUAAAAGUGCUUUUCAUUUCCAAUUACCAGUUAUUCCUGUGACUGGACCUGUGGCUCAGCUCUACAAUUUACCGCCUGAAGUGGAUGACGUAGUAGAUGAAAGCGAUGACAAUGAAGACCUUGAAUUAGAAGCUGAAAAUGAAAUUGAGAAUGAUGAUGAUAUAGACCAAAACUUUAAGAAUGAUGAUAUUGAGACUGAUAUUAACAAGUUAAAACCCAAGCAAGAAAUAGGACGACCAAUAGAAGAACUAAAAAUGUAUGAACACUUUUUCCACGAACUGUCUGAUGACUUUCAGGAAUGUGAUUUAAUUGCCAAAGAACCAAAGCCCUUGGCAAAGGAGGGAAAUCUAGGUGGACCUAUUGUUGUUCCUACAGCAGGAGAAGAGCCACCCGUGGAACCUAACAGUCUAAUAAAUUCAGUGAAAAAGAAUAUCAUUUCACAAGGAGAGGAAGGUGAUAAACAACCUGCCUUUUUAGACCUGGCAAAAGAAGAUAUUAAAAACAGUGAUAGUUCAUUGCAGCAACAGGAAAGUGAUCAAAAUAGAACAGUUUCAUCCAGCCAGUAUCUCACUAGUGAUCUAGUGAAGGCCUUGGACCGAAUAACACUGCAGAAUGCGCCCCAGACUUCCCAGAGCUUUACUGCCGGAACAAAGAAAGAUUCCAGUCCUCACCUGACCUCCAUUACAUGUACUAAAACAUGUCCACAUAUUUCUACUUGUGGAAAUGUGCUCUUUGAGGGACGGACUGUUCAACUAGGGAAGCUAUGUUUUACUGGAGUUGAAACUGAAGAAGAUGAUGAUUCUGCAUCUAACUCAUCAGUGGAGCAAACAUCAAUUGAAAUGCCCAACAUGCCACCACUCCAUGAUUCUGAUCUAUAUGUUGAGAUUGUGAAAAAUACUAAAUCUGUUCCUGAAUAUUCAGAAGUGGCUUAUCCUGAUUAUUUUGGUCACAUUCCACCUCCGUUUAAAGAACCUAUUUUAGAAAGACCCUAUGGUGUGCAAAGGACAAAAAUUGCCCAGGAUAUUGAGAGACUAAUUCAUCAAAGUGAUAUAAUAGACAAAGUUAUGUAUGACCUGGAUAACCCAAAUUAUACUGUACCAGAAGAAGGAGAAAGUUUGAAAUUUAAUUCCAGAUUUGAAUCUGGAAACCUUCGGAAAGUUAUUCAAAUUAGAAAAAACGAGUAUGAUCUUAUUCUGAACUCAGAUAUAAAUAGCAAUCAUUAUCAUCAGUGGUUUUACUUUGAAGUCAGUGGAAUGCGGACAGGCGUUGGAUACCGAUUUAAUAUCAUCAACUGUGAAAAAUCCAACAGUCAGUUUAAUUAUGGUAUGCAACCCCUUAUGUAUUCAGUCCAGGAAGCAUUACAUGCCAGACCAUGGUGGAUUCGUGUUGGUACUGACAUUUGUUACUAUAAAAAUCAUUUCUCUAGAAGUUCAGUUGCUGCUGGUGGACAAAAAGGAAAAUCCUAUUAUACGAUUACAUUCACAGUAACUUUUCCACACAAGGAUGAUGUUUGCUAUUUUGCUUAUCAUUAUCCAUAUACAUACUCAACUUUACAGAUGCAUCUUCAAAAAUUGGAAUCAUCACACAACCCUCAGCAAAUCUAUUUUCGACAAGAUGUGUUAUGUGAAACUCUGUCUGGAAACAGCUGUCCUUUAUUGACUAUAACUGCUAUGCCAGAGUCCAAUUAUUAUGAAAAUAUCUGUCAAUUUAGAAAUCGCCCUUAUAUUUUCUUAUCUGCUCGAGUACAUCCUGGAGAAACUAAUUCAAGCUGGGUUAUGAAAGGAACUUUGGAAUAUCUCAUGAGUAAUAACCCUACUGCUCAGAGCUUGCGUGAAUCCUAUAUUUUUAAAAUUGUUCCUAUGCUGAACCCAGAUGGUGUCAUUAAUGGAAACCACCGUUGUUCUCUAAGUGGAGAAGAUUUGAACCGGCAGUGGCAAAGUCCAAACCCAGAUUUGCAUCCUACAAUUUACCAUGCUAAAGGUCUGCUACAGUAUAUGGCUGCAAUCAAACGUUUACCUCUGGUUUACUGUGAUUAUCAUGGUCAUUCUCGAAAGAAAAAUGUAUUUAUGUAUGGCUGCAGCAUCAAGGAGACCGUGUGGCAUACUAAUGAUAAUGCUGCCUCUUGUGAUGUGGUUGAAGAUAUGGGAUAUAGGACUUUGCCCAAGAUAUUGAGCCAUACUGCCCCAGCAUUCUGCAUGAGCAGCUGCAGCUUUGUAGUGGAAAAGUCCAAGCAAUCUACAGCCCGCGUUGUUGUAUGGAGAGAAAUUGGAGUACAGAGAAGCUAUACCAUGGAAAGCACGUUAUGUGGCUGUGAUCAAGGAAAAUACAAGGGUUUACAGAUUGGGACACGAGAAUUGGAAGAGAUGGGAGCAAAGUUUUGUGUUGGUUUAUUCCGUUUGAAAAGACUGACAUCACCAAUAGAAUACAAUCUGCCUAGCACCCUUCUUGAGUUUGAAAAUGACUUGAUUGAAUCUAGCUGCAAAGUAACAAGCCCUACCACUUAUGUUUUGGAAGAAGAUGAACCUCGUUUCCUUGAAGAAGUUGAUUACAGUGCAGAAAGUAAUGAUGAGAUAGACAUUGAAUUGCCUGAAAAUGUUGGGGAUUAUGAACCUUCUGUCCAAGAAGAUGCACUUUCUGACUCGGAGUCAUCAAAAACAUGCCUUCCUUGAGCCAUCUGCCAUCUCAUGUAAAUGGCUAAAGAAUAAGAGAAAUAUCUUAGUUUCUAUUGGAUAGGAAACUUUAGAUUUUUAAAAAGAGCUGACUCAAAAAGACAAAAAGUAACUGAAGCCAGUUUGGCUUCAAGACAAUAAAUGUGUUUUUGAUUUAUGAUAAAAACUGGCAUUUGUUUUAUUUAAAGAAUUCAAUGCUCUGAUUGAUAGCAUUGAACUAUCAAAGAUUGAUUUAUCUUUUUUUUUUCAACAAAACUUUACUCAGUAUCAUUGCAUGACUUUUUGUCUCCUUAUCCUUAUAUACUACAUCAAAUGGAUAAGUUUGCAGUGUUUCAGAGUAAAAAAUAUCUAAUCCUAGGUCCCAGUGGUAAUAAGUUGUUGAAAAUAAUAUAUAUAUGUACAGGGAUUUCUAUUGAUUUGUGUGUUGUUUGUGUGGGUGUGGGUGGAUAUUGAAGACAAGAAAUUAAGUUCUUCAGAAUGAUGUUAACUCUUUGAUUGUGUUUGAAGUAAUCCAGAACUUGCUUUGCAACCAUUUCAUUCUACAGUUACCAAAUUAAACAAAUCAAAAAUUAAUUUAUCAAAUGUUGCUUUUGUUUCUUCAACCCUUAAUAUACUCAGAUUAUAUGGUUAUACAUCCUUGAUUCAAAAUAUUCAAAGAAACCCACAUGUGAACACACAUUUGUAAAACUUUAUGUGCACAAGACGGCUUGAUUACUUCAGUAGACUGAAGCUCUUUAUGGUUAUAGUGCACCUGUGCCUGCCAUGAAUUAUGUAUUUGUAUGGCUUUUUCCUGAACAAGUAUCUCCUGAGACAUAACUGGAGCUGAUCUCUGCAGUCAUGACAGUUUGUUAAUAUAAAGCUUAAAAAAUACACAUUUACCCAGUGAGGAUACUACUACUCAGCUGUAGUUAAAUGUGCAUUUAUAUAUUGGACUAUAUAUUUAUUUAUACCUUUCUGUAUUUAAUAUUGCAUGUGCUGUGCUGCAGUAUUAUAAUUCUAUUGAAGUGAAUUUAUUCAGGGCAUGCUUACAAGUUCUAUCGGAAUCAAAUGUAUCUGGGGAGGAGAGGAGGAAAGCAUUUAGGUACUUUCUUAUUAUGAUACCUUCCCAAGUUUUAGACUGUCAGGCUUUAGAAAUGAUUAUAACAUUUCAGAGUAUAAUUUUUAAAAAAAUCUAAUGACUCUGCUAGUCCUUUGUGAGUUCAGCUUUUGGUAUAAAAAUAUUACUGCUACUUGAUAGGUCCUCGAGAGGACUUUGGGGCCUCCCUUUUGGCAUGUGGCUUCUUAAGUCAUUUUUGGAUAGUAAAAGAGUCAUUUUCAUCAGGAAUCCUAAAAUACUCAAGUUUGUCUCUGGAGGUUUUUCAAUAAAUGCCUAAAGGCAAAGCAUUUUUGCCCCUAGCUUGUAAGUAAUGAAAAAGAAACUACCAGUAUUUCAAGUAGUUUUUUUUUAAUAACUACAUUUUUAUGUAUAGUAAUUUAGGCAUUUCAUUCAUUCUGAAUAAAGAUUUUUUUUUUAGGCUUCAUGGGAAGAUGGUAUUAGACAAUUUACAAAGACACACAGGGUCAUCCUUCCUGUAUGUACACAGUGCUAGUUAGCAUUGUGCUGAAAUGUCUUAGCUGAGUGAAGGCUGAGCACACUGGGAGCUGCUAACUUGUUCUUAGUGACAGUACAACUAGAUGAGUAUUAAUGCACUUUAACUGAGUAAAGGGAAGCUAUUGAUGCUAAAAUUAUAGUUAUUUUCAGAGUAAGAGAAAUAUAUAGGUCCACUUUUUCUUUUUCUGCAGUCUGUAACUUUGACAGAUUAGAAAUUGAAAGGUCAUGAGUGAAAAGCAGCUAUAUUUAAUAUGCUAGGUAGAAGAAUUCCAAAAAGCCAUUUUUACAUUGGCAUUAUAAAAACUCCAUAGAGAGUUGGAUAGUAGUAAUAUUUUCAGUUCAUUAAAUAGUGCUAUUGAGAUCCUUGUACAUCUGUUACUAUCAAUUCCAAUUUUUGACAUGCUCCUUGUUCAAGAAAUUGGAAAAGUACGUAUUUAGCAAAUGAUUUUUAAGCAAUUAGCUUUAGAAAAACAAGUAACUCCAUAGCUCUACUUCUUCCCAUUUCAGAAUCUGAUAAAUCUCCUUACUUAUUAGCCAUUAAAAUUUCUAUUGCUUUUCUCACCUCUGACUGAAGAAUUUCAGCACUUCCAAAGAAAGAAUAGGUGCUAUUGCAUCCAGUGCCAUCAUCAUUGUAAUUAAUAAUUUUCUACUCUGUCCUUAAUUUGUACUCCUAUGUUUACUGCAAUAAGUAGAUAUGACAAGGUGAGUUAGUGAUGAAGCUUGGAUUAAUUUGGAAAUCUUUCUUUGGGAACUUUAGUUCCUUAAAUAUAGUUUAGUUGUAAUCAGAUAUCUUUUUUUUAUAGUUACAAUACAAUACUAAAGAAUCAUAGUAUCUUCAAGCUGGAAGGGACCUUAAAGCUCAUUGAAUCCAACCCCUCAUUUUACAGAUGAAGAAAGUGAGGUUUUUAGUCUACCAGUACCAUAGAAGAGGCUGUCUAUUCCCCGGCCUUCCCCAAAGAACAAAUAUGUGUUGGAAAACAUGAGGAUUUGAUUUGGUUUGCAUUGUUUAUCCAUCUGGAAUUUGAAUGAUUUGUAGUGCUAGAUAAUUCAUCGUUUGCUUUUUCCACUCAGUAGGAUAUAUAAGUCUACAACAUACACUUUUCAUUCUUGUCAAUAGCAUCCUUUGUUUGAAUACAAGAUUCUGCCUUAUGUUAAGUAUUUUUCUUGAACAGUCUCCACUUGUGCCAACUUUUCUGUGUUGUUUACAGUUGUGAAAUUUUGUGUAAACCCUAAUGACACAUAAGUAACCCAGUAUUCAUUUAAAUAGAGGUACAGCCAUGGUACACACUAAAUUCAGUUAGCCCACAUUUAAGAUGACUAUACAUUGUAAGUCCUGUAAUGGAUAUAAUUGUGGCGAUUUCCUGUGCAUGCCUCAGGAAGAAAUUAAAUAACAAUAAUGCAACUGUAUAAUAAAGGUCUCAUUAUUAA